AUGAUAAACAUUAAAACUCUCUCUCUCUCUCUCUCUCUCUCUCUCUCUCUCUCUCUCUCUCUCUCUCUCCUUGUGAUAAACAUUACUGAAAUGUAUUUAUUUGUUAAGUUUAUUUAUGGUUCUACGUUCUCUGUCCGCCAUUUUCUCUAUUCCUCUCCCAGAGUUGCUUGUAUUUUCUAUUUCCUUUUCUUUCUUUCUUUCUUUCUUUCUUUCUUUCUUUCUUUCUUUCUUUCUUUCUUUCUUUCUUUCUUUCCCCCUUCAUGCGUGCAUUUUUCUUUCUUCCUUUUCUCAUUUUUCUCUUUCUUUUGUCUUCCCCCGAGACUUUCUCUCUUUUCUCUUUCCUUCCAACCUUUCUUUCUUUCUUUCUUUCUUUCUUUCUUUCUUUCUUUCUUUCUUUCUUUCUUUCUUUCUCCUCUCAUUAAACACCGUCGACUAAUUACUGUUGCUGAUUCUUUUUUUAUUUCUCUUGCUCUUUUUAUCCAAUAUCUUCUUCUUCUUCUUCUUCUUCUUCUUCUUCUUCUUCUUCUUCCUCCUCCUCCUCCGCCUCCUUCUUCUUCUCUUCUUCUCUUCUCCCUCCUACUCCUCUUCCUACUCCUACUCCUCCUUCUUCUUCUUCUUCUUCUUCUUCUUCUUCUUCUUCACUAUCGUUCUCAUUGUUCGUUUCCUUGCUCUUUUAUUUUCAUUUUCUCUCUUUUAUUCUUUCACAAUUGUUCGUUUCCUUUUGUCUUGUUCCGUCUCCAUUCUCUUCUAAAUUUUUUUCUCGUUUUUUUUUCUUCGUACCUUUUUUCUCUUCUUGAUUUUUCUUUUUUUUUUCUGUUUUAUUCUUUCGGCUUUUCUUUAUUUCUUCUUCAUUUUCUUCUUCUCACCUUUUUCUUUCUCAGUAUUCUGUUGCUUUUGUUUUUCUCAUUUUUCUUUUACUUUUCUUCUUUUCGCUUUUCUUCUGUCUAUUACCCUGUUUUUUUACUUCUUUUCAUUUCCAUUCCACUCUUUUUUGUCUUUUGGCUUUUCUUUUCUUCUCUCUUUCAUUCUGAAUUCCCAUUUUUUUUAAUAACAUUCUUCUUUAUUUGUUCCUCACUUUUUUCUUCUUUUCGCCAUUCUUUUUCUUAUCCGUUUCAUUUUGUCUUCUCGCCAUUUUCUUUUUCUUCUCAUUUAUUUAUUUAUUUACCAAUUUAUUUAUUUAUUUAUUUAUUUAUCUAUCUAUCUAUCUGUCUCAUCCCUAGAUCCCAUAUCACCCGAACAUCUAAAUUUAUCGCCUUCCCACAUUUCUUCGGAACUGUUCAUUCUAAGCAGAUCGUCAUGAUGUCGCGCGAGAUGCACACAACACCACCCACAUUCCCCGUCCACCCGCUGCAAUUGCCGAAAGCGAUACGGCGUUAUAUUAUGAUUAGGUCCACUCUUCUGUCAUUCUAUACUACGAGUAAUUAA